CAGGGCAUUGAGAAUGGACCUCCCACACUGAAGAAGGAGACCUGCAUGUGACUGGCGAUCUCAUUCUUUGUGAGAAAAGCUACACGACGUGACAGGCUCUGCAUGGCCAUGUUGCUUAUUCUGGUGUCCACAGAGGAAUACAGAAGAGGUCCUCAACACCUGACAGAAGGCAAAGCCGGCAACCCCUUUCCCUCUCUGGCUCCACCCAUCACGGUGCUGCUGGAUGGGAGGCAGCAGGUGCUCGUGGUUUGCCUGGUCCUGGAUGCUUUGCCCCCCAGCCUCGACAGCCCCGUCUGGUUCUCAGCCGGCAACGGCAGUGCACUGGAGGCCUUCAGCUACGGGCCCUCCCCAGCACCGGAUGGCACCUGGACUAGCCUGGCGCAGCUUUCCCUGCCUUCCGAAGAGCUGCAAACCUGGGAGCCUUUGGUCUGCCACACCCGGCCCGGGGCUGGCGGCCAGAGCAGGAGCACAGCCCCCCUCCAGCUGACAGGGGAAGCACCCACAUCCAGGACCUGCUUUCAGGAACCUCUCAGGGGGACACCGGGUCUGGUACUGCGGCUGAGCGCACUGCGCCUGCUUCUCUUCAAACUGCUUCUACUGGAUGUGCUCUUGACCUUCGGACCCCUCUGUGUGCUGGCGGGCCAGCACCUUAGACCACCACCCCCGUGCAAGCCCCUGCCUUCCGCCCACCGGAUUUGGGCGUAAUGAUGAGAGAGACUUCGAGCUUUGAUCUUACCCAGCCCUCUGAGGCUCUUUUCUGGAGCCCUUCUGGACACUUUGCUUCUGCGACCUGGGGUGGUAACGCAAAGCCCAGGCUAUGCGGAGGCCAGGUAGGCCGGCAGCUCACUCGGCCCCGCCUCACCCCACCCCCAUCGGUGGUCCUUACUCAGGUUGGGGAGUUUUGUUUUGUUCUGAGCGAGGUCUGCCUCUUCUUGUAAAUGGGACCUUCUGGGACUGGACUCUGCCUGCCCCUCAGACUGAGACUUUGGGAGGAAAAGGACUGUGUCUGUCUUGUCAGACGGGGUAGGAGGCUCUGCCCUAGUCCCGGCACAACACAUAAGGCUUAUAACGACACAGGAACCUCACAAAGCUUUUCAUUUGUGUGCCUGGGGGGAGUUGGUGGUGGUGCCUGACAUAGAGGAAGUGAUGGUCUGGGCAGGAUCCCUGGAGGAAGAGUGGGAAUCUGGAAAUUGCAGAGUGGGUCUGGAGGGGGAGUUGCAAGGAAUCUCUCUUUCCCCUACCGUCGUCACUGGACAAUGAUCCUGUCUGUUUCCUUCCCUGGCACAACCUCUCUGAGAGGGCAGAGCAGAGUGGGAGAGCCAGGGCUCAGCUGCUGGUCUUGCGCAGACUUGACAGAAGAGAGCAGAGCCAGGAUUCCCGGGGCAUCAGGAUCACAGCCAAUGCUCGAAGCAGAAGACAGUAAUUGCAAACCUACACACUGUUAAUUAAAAGUAAUUCAUUUGACAGAUACUCACUGAGCAUCAAUGAAGAGCCACGUACUAAAGAGGUCUGGUGUCUUAGUGAGGGUUUCUACGCUGUGGAGAGACACCGUGACCAUAGAAACUCCUAUAAAGGAAAACAUGUAUUUGGGGCUGGCUUACAGUUCAGAGGUGUAGUCCGUUAUCAUCAUGGCGGGAAGCAUGGCAGCGUGCAGGCAGGCUCUGUGCUAGAGAAGUAGCUGAGAGUUCUGAGAGACCCACAGGCAGCAGGAAUAGACAGUGAGCAACUGGGCCUAGCUUAAGCUUCUGUAACCCCAGAGCCCACUCCCAGUGACACACUUCCUCCAACAAAGCCACACCCACUCCAAUAAGAACAUACCUCCACAUAGUGACACUCCCUAUGGGCCUACUGGACUCACUUUGUAGACUCACUUUGUUCAGGCUGGCCUUGAACUCACAGAGAUCUGCCACUGCCUUCCUGAGUGCUAGAAUUACAGGCAUGCACCAUCAAGCCUGGCCGGGGGGGCGGAGGGCAUUUUUCUAACCACUGCAUUUGGCAUUGUUGGUUUUUCCUUGUUCCCUCAUGAGGGCCCUUGCAUGGCUAGAGAACAAGUUUCUCACGGUGGAAAAGGAUUUACUUCCAAUCACAUGUGCUUAUCUCUGUCUGUGGAUGUGAGAGUAGGUGCCUAUGGAAGCCAGAGAAAGUUGGAGCUGGAGUUACAGAUGGUUGAGAACCACCUAAUGUAGGUGUUAGGUAUCCAACAAAGGCCUCUAAGAGAACAUCUCUCCACCCCUUGAAUCAGUCUUCCUUCCUUCCUUCCUUCCUUCCUUCCUUCCUUCUUUCCUUCCUUCCUUCCUUCUUUCCUUCCUUCCUUUCUUCCUUCCCUCUUCCUCUCCCUCCUCCAUUCCUCCUCUGCUUUGACAUCUUCCUUUGCUUCUGCUUCUUCAAGACAGAGUCUCACUACAUAGCCCUGGCUGUCCUUGAACUCACAGAGAUUCUCUGUCUCUACCUCCUGAAUGCUAGGAUUAAAGGUGUGUCUUGUCACUAUGCUGGGCCCUGAGCCUUUUCUGAAUCCAUAUCUAUAUUGUAGCCAGAAUUUGCUGCUUUGUGGGUUCCUUUCUCUCUUCCACCCUUCUCUAUCCCUUUAUUUUUCCCUUUCAACCCCCUAACGCUAAAUAGGAGAGAAAAAAGGAUAGAAUGGAAAGUGGGUAUCAUUAUCUUUAGACUGCUUCCUGCUGAUUGGGGCCAUCGAGUUCCUUGGAGCAAGUUUGAUCUUUGCUGUCAGGAUACCCAAUUUCGUCUCAUUUCUUUUCAAACAACUACUUAACAAAAUGCAAACAGCAAACAAUAGCAUCUAACCACCAACCAGACACCUAUAGGACUCUAGCAUUUAUACAGCCUCUGGAAAGUCCCCAGAAUUCCAUGUGUCAUAACCUCAAAGAAACUAUCUGUAGCUGGCAUUUGGAAUUCUCUCUUCCUCUCUCUCUGUCUCUCUGUCUCUCUCUCUCUGUUUUAAAGAAGCCAAAAUUCUCACUACUCUAUAGGUUGAGGCAGGGUCUCAGUUGAACUCUAAAUUCUCACUAAAUUUACAGUUCACAGCUAGCUCAAGCUAGGCAGCUUGCUCCGAGGAUUCUCUCUCCAAACAGCACUGGGAUUACUAGUAGGAUGUCAUUCUUGCCAUUCAGUUUUGGUCUUGAUGCUUUUGUGGUAAGCAUUUUAACCACUGGGCCAUUUUCACAUCCCCAUCUCUGGCCUCUUUCUAUGGAGCAUUUAGGGAACAGGAACAUAGCUUAUGGUGAUGACAUUGUCUCCCUCCAUACAGGAAUCAAGCUUUCCCCCAUGGCUAGGUUCAGGGAGGGAUUGAGCUUUAGCCUCAACUUCUCUAGGCAUUGUCCCUUAGCCCUCAGCCCAGAUGCUGAGCCUAGGCUUUAAUGCUUGCCUCUGUAAAUGUCCCUUAGCAGCCCUCGGUCCAGAGGUCUAGUUCCUUCUGCUUCAACUUUCCUUGUUCUUCUCUUCAACUGUGUCCUGUUCCAGCCCCUUGAAUCACAUCUGUGGCUGAAAAAUAUCUCCAGGAGGGGUUUGGAGCCUUGUGAGUCAAAGGUGGUGGCCAGCUUCUGAUCUAUCCAGGUCUAACACAGCCUAGGGAAGUAGAGAUGCCCUGGAGAUUCCUCCAGUCUGAGGUAGUGGGACAUUCUGUGUGCCGAAGCCCCAUCUAGCCAAAGUGCCCUGAUACGGACACUGUUAAGUGUUACAGCGCUGAAGCUAAACGUAUCCUGGCAGUCAGGAGCCAAGCAAUACCACAGAGUCACACAGCACAACAAACCUCACACAAGAGAUUUAUUAGGAAUUGCAGUGAGAUUUUUGUAAUUUUGAUCACUUAAAAGAAAUAAAGAAAGCCAGGCACAGUGGUACAUGCCAGCACUUGGGAGGCAAAGGCAGGUGGAUCUCUGUGAGCUUGAGGCCAGCCUGGUCUACAAAGUGAGUCCAGGACAGCCAAGGCUACACCAAGAAACCCUGUCUCGAAACAAACAAAUAAAAACCCAGAAAUGAUAUGGAAAUAUGUUUUUGUUUUAAUUCCAGGUGUGGGGAUAUGAGGCUGCUUCACAGAAGGUGACUAUGAUUUGCCUUGUGCUCUGGCAGGGGUGUGGUUUUGCCAGCUGCCAAGUGUUUCUGCAGGGUUGUGACAUUUGCAAUUCUGGGAACUUUUCAGAGAAUAUAUAAAUGCUAGGGCCCCAAGAGGCAGGGUUGC